AACCCCAGCCGAGUGGCGACGCAGACCGGGCUAGGUCCUAGCGCGAGUUGGGUUCCGAGCGGCCGGUGGGCAGACUCGUAGGAGGAGGCGUCGCUUCCUGAGAGGAGCCAGAGGCGCCGUUUUCCAGUAGGAUGGCUGAGUUGGUUAUGUGUGAACCAAUAGAGCUUUACAACAUCCUCAAUCAAGUCACGAAGCUAUCCAGAUUAAUCGAGCCCAACUAUCUCUGCUUAUUGGGGCUGCUGCUGGGACCUGCCAUCGAGUGUGGCAAAGUCCUGAAGGAGUUCACGAGCCACCCCGUGGCCAUCUUGAGGGGAGGCUAUGAGUGCUUCUCGGCCAUGUACCAUUUCCUCCGGACCCAGAAGAUCAUCUGGAUGCCCCAGGAACUGGACGCAUAUCAGCCAUACCCCGUGGAGAUACUGUUCAGAAGAGUCUACCUGGGCACUUUCAGCCAAGCCUGUGACCCUAAAAUUCAGAAGGAUUUGAAAAUCAGUGCUCACAUCAACGUCUCUAUGGAGGAGGGGCCAUUCUUCGUAGGGGACCCCAACAAGCUUCUUCACAUCUGCGUGGAAGAUUCGCUGGAAGCCAACCUCUCUUCCUUUUUCCGACACCUCUGUCACUUCAUUGACGUGCACUUGGAGCUCGGCUCGGUCAUCCUGGUCUUCUCCAAGCUGGGCAUCAGUCGCAGCUCCACGGCCAUCAUCGCAUACCUCAUGCACCAGCGGGAGCAGACCUUGAAGAGAUCCUGGACCUACGUCAAGAAGUGCAAGAGUAAUGUGUGUCCGAACCGGGCCUUCGUGAACCAGCUCCUGCAAUGGGAGGAGAUCAUCCUCGGAGGCCUUGUCACGGGCAACUUGGAUCAGCUCUACUGAGCUUCGUGGCCAGCGAGGGCUGGGGGGAUGCCACCUGGGGGCUUCUUGUGGGGCACAGGCCGGGCUGUGUCAAAGGGCUGGUCUGGGAGAAGAAAGCCUUCCUGUCUGUGCCUGA